CGAGCACUACAGGCGGAUCCGCGCGGUGGCCGGUUCUCGAUUUCUCUAACCUUCGCUUGCCCUCGCUCGCGUUCGCGCGCGACAAAUCACCGAGUUGUCGAUCGUGCCGUCAUCCGCGGUCAUCGUCAUGUUCGAUCAGCUGCGAUCUGCCUCCGGCACGAUCGGUCCCCCGCUCCUGUCGACAGUGUCGACGAUGGUGAACGCGAGCGCGUGAUAACUCGGCCGCCCUUUUUGCUACACCUUUCCGUAUCCACGAAAUAACGUAUAGAUACUCGAAAUGAAAUAGAUAUUUCCAGUCGGGUGAUUUCAUUUCACGUUUUGAAAAGAGACAAAGGAGCGAGGGGAACCGCGGUGAACGGCGGUGAACCGGGUAAACGCAAUCAAGAAACGGAUACGACGGAUCCGUAGCUCCGUCGGGAGGAAACGGAAAGAGAUAAAAUUGCGAGUGCGAGAUUCGCGCGAGGCGCGAGGACGGUCGGACGAAGGAAGGGGAUAUGUAGGUGGUGCAAUUAAGAGGCGGCGGCGGCGGCGGGCUGUCACUGCUGUCAGGCGCUGUCACUCUCGGUUGACUCUCGGUGGUACAGUCAUCCCCAGCUCGUCGCUCGCGGCGCACGCGGGUGUACGCCGGGUAUACGCGAGCGAAGGUGCAGGCGAGGUGCGAGCGCGCAAAUGUCAAACGGCUCGUGACGGCGGGUGGCGAGGAGUGGGAAUGUGACCGGGCGCAGCAUCUCGGCGGUGUUUGAAUAUCUCUCUCGGCGACCGGGACGCGUCCGGGUCCGGGCCACGCGCGCGCGAAUCCCGCACGAUGGAGAACCACCAGGUGAGAGCGCUGUACGACUUCACGGGCGAGUCGGGCACGGCGGAGCUGUCGAUCACCGCCGGCGAGCUUCUGACUGUCAUACGAGACAACGUGGGAGAUGGCUGGUGUGAGGGAUUUAAUCAGACCGGACAAUCGGGACUGUUCCCGGCGGCGUACGUCCAAGUGGUCGACCAAGCCGCGCCGCCCUCCAAUACUAUGACAUCGUCCCAACAAAGCUCGGGAGAUUAUUGGGACGAUGACUGGGACGACGAUUCCGAAGUUGGACAGACGCAGGCUUACGUUCCGCCCACGCAGCAGCAGCAGCCACAGCCUGUGCCACUGUCGCAGCAGAAUAACGCUGGCGACUACGGCGAUCAAGUGUCGAUGCAUACUAUACAUUCUGUGAUACCAGAGAGACCUAUACCCAACGUACCAAAGAAAAACAACAAGUUUUCCACGCUGAUCAAGUCGGGAGAAGAUAGUUUCCUGCUGGGCGUCAGAAUGGUGACUGUGCCUGAGAGCGAAAAGAUCUUUAUAGAGGAAGGAGAGGGCGGUCGGUGCACGUGGCUGCCGACUGGGGAGUCCUACACGUGCGUCGUCACGUCGCCCAAGAAGGAAUCUAAGCUGAAGGGUCUCAAGAGUUUCAUUGUCUAUCAAUUGACUCCUACGUUCAAUAAUAUACAAGUCUCGAGAAGGUACAAGCAUUUCGAUUGGCUGCACGAACGCUUAGAGGAAAAGUAUUGCUUCGUCCCGAUCCCGCCUCUGCCCGAUAAGCAGAUAUCCGGGCGCUACGAGGACGCGUUUAUCGAGCAUCGACGUACGCAACUGCAGGAGUUUGUGGACUACGUGUGUCGACAUCCCGUUCUGUCGCGCAGUCGUGUCUGGGAGCACUUUAUCACCUGCACGGACGAGAAGCGAUGGAAGGCAGGGAAACGACAGGCGGAGAAGGACGAGCUGCUGGGCGUGAAUUACUUCAAUGCCAUUCAGUGUCCGGACACGCCACUGGACGUCAUAAAAAUGGAGAUCCAGACCGAUGCCUUCGUUAGAUUUAUCAGCGGUCUGGAUCCGGUGGUGAAGAACUUCAUGGCCAUGGCGGUCGAUCAAGCGAAGAAACACCAGGUUCUGUAUAAAAGGGAAUUCCAAAAGAUCGGUCAAUCGUUCGCGUCGCUCAGCCACGCUCUGGAGGCGGAUGACAACGGUCGCGGGAGGUUGACGCGCGCGUUGAAGGCAACCGGCGACGCUUACAACGAUAUCGGCAGGCUGUUUGAGGAACAGCCAAAGUUCGAUUGGGAACCGUUAUCUGAUAAGUUUCACAUUUAUCGCGGUAUUAUUAGCAGUUUUCCCGACGUCACCAGCAUUCAUAAGAGCGCCAUGCAAAAACGAAGAGAUUGCGAGCGACUGGUCAGUGAGCAUAAAAUGGAGCCACAGCAAUUACGCGAGCUCUCCCAUCGAACUGACGUGAUAGCUCGCGCACUGAUCGCCGAGGAGACUCAUUUCCAGACGGAACGGGAAGUGCAUAUAAAUAAGGCCGUAAGGACGCAUCUCACGGAACAGAUCGCCUUCUAUCAGAAAAUAGUCGAUAAACUGCGGGAGGCGUUAAACGCGUUCGACGAAUGAUACUCGUAAUUGCCACGAUCUGCCUAAGUAACAUAAUCCGGUCGCUCUAAGGCCCAGAUAUUAGUGUUGACAAAAAGAUAUCAUAACGGAUAAAAUGCGUAAAAUUUCAGUUAAAUGUGUAUAUCAGAUACACAGUUUAUUUGAAUCACCACAGUCAGAGUUGAAUAGGCUGUGUACAACCGAUCAAAUAUUUGUCAAGUGAUCGCGUUAAGAUUCGGUAUAUGGCUGGAAUUGACGUAAAUCACGCGAUGAUCAUUGAUAUAUCAUUAAUAUUGAUAAAAAAUUGUAAUAAUAUAUUUUACGUUGAUAUUAAUUUUAAUGUUUACUGCAUCUCGAUAAUCGAUCUCCGAAAUUAGUUGGUUCGCCUUUCGCAAAAUUUCGAUUCUAUCCGAAUAAUUUCUCACGAUGGAUUCUUAAUGAAGGGGUGUGAUAUCGAAUCACCGGAAUAUUAUCGUGUGUUAUACCGACUCGAAUUUUACAAGGUCCACAAAAAGUCUCGACUUUAGUAUAAAGUUCAAUCACGAAAUUUAAUCAUGUAUCAUUGCAACGUGAAUUGUUAUGCAUAUAAUAAUACUUAAUAAUUAUAAAUAUUCGUAUCCGUGCUGUGUGCGACGUUAAAAGUUGAUCAUCGGAUUGUGUUUUGUCCAUCGGCUCUCCAUAUGAAGUAGUUGAGGAAUUGCAGCAUCGCAAGAUUGCUCGCGAUAUUCUGUACUAGCGCACGCGUGUGAUUAUUUUUAAAUAAAAUAAUAAAAAUCAAACAAGUAAUUGUGUAAAAGUAAUCGCGCUACGCGGAAUAUUUUCGUCGUAAUGUGAAAAAAUCAGACGUGUUUAAUGAGCAGCUAAAUAUAUAUCAUAUAUGAUGCAUUAUGAAAUUCUGCUUUGUAAGAUUUUAAUGUUUAUAUCAUACUUGAAAUUUCUCUCCGCACGUAUUCAUUCUGUUGCGGUAAGAAUUAAAUUGUUUGUCGCAUGUGAAUGAGAAGCGAAAGAUAAAUUAUCUUGCUAAUAUAGGGUGUUCUUGCUAUUAAAGGCAGCCGUUUUAUAUGUACGUUUAACGAAACGUAUUAUUAUUUGUGUGAUCGUGAAUGACAUGAAACUCUACAUUUUUUUUGUAAGAAAUACACGUAUAGAGAAAAAUAACGAAGCAUAAGACACGUAACAUUCUUGUUAUCGCAUUUAAAUAAAAUGUACAAAUAACAGAGCUUAUAUGUAUAUGUAUAAACAUAGGCACCAAAUAUCAAUUUUUAUAAACGAUAUCAGCGAAGAAAAAUAACAGCAUCCUCUUUUGGAAAGGAGUUGUGUAAUAAAUGGCUGUUGAGUCAAGAAUUAAAUAUCAUUUAUUAUUU